AUGAAAGCGAUCCGCAUAUUGAAGAGAAGGAGCGUGCCCAUAAUGGACUCCAUCCCUAUUCCAAGUCCUAUGAGUAGAGAAGUUCUCGUUAAGAUGGAAUAUUCCGCUAUAAACCCAGCAGAUCUUGCAACACUUGUAGGAGCGUAUGACGAGAAAUCAGAAUAUCCAGUAACUUUAGGACUUGAAGGAAGUGGCAGAAUAGAGUCAGUAGGCCAAGAACUAGAUGCAAGGCUUAUUGGACGUAGGAUCGCUGGAUACUUUCGAAUAGGAUCCUGGUCUCAGUUUGCAAUCUCUAAUCUUUGGCAUGAAAUCCCAGAUGAUUUGUCUUCAGAACAAGCUGCUGGAAUAAUGGUAAAUCCCCUGACUGCUAUUUCGAUUCUUAAUCUGGUAGGAGAUCAGGGGUCUUUUAUUGUUACUGCUGCAAUGUCAAGUUUAGGAAAAAUUCUCAUAAAAUUAGGCCUAACCCAAGGUAAAAGGCCAAUUGGGAUUAUCAGAAAAAGCUCUCAAAUUGAAGAGCUCAAGCAGCUGGGAUUAGAAAAUGUGCUUGAUUCAAGCAGCAAAGACUUUCCAAAGAAGCUGAAAGAAGUUUCAGAAAAAGAGAAGCCAAGUUUUGCUAUUGAUUUUAUAGGCUCAACUAUUACCAAUUCUUUGUUAAAAGUUCUACAGCCUGAUGGGACUGUUAUUAUUGUUGGAAAUCUCUCAGCAAAACCAUGUGAAAAAGUAGAUCUCACUAACUUGAUUUUGGAAAGCAAGAAAAUCAAAGGAUUUCACCUGAAUGAUUAUAAAGACAAUUUAGGUAACUGGGAAAGCAUUUUGCGGCAGAAUUAUUCAUUAUUUGUCCCUAAAAUCGCGUCUAUAAAAAACUGGACAAAUUUCCAGGAAGCCAUAACCGAAUACAGAGGCAGCCUUUCAAGUGGAAAGAUUUUGCUAAAAAUCGAAUAA